AUGGCAGUUCGUGUGGACUCUUUGAUGAAACCCAUUGUCAAGCAAAUCAACAGGAUGUACACCACUGGUUCUUCUAAGAACCUUGCCUCGGCUACGCGCGAUAAUACUUUUUCCAAGAGUCAUGAGUGUGCCGACAAGAGUCAUUGGCACAAGACGCCGGUCGGGUCACAGGCCAAGGCGAUGCUUCGGGAUCCGAAGCCAAAGCAAACGAGAUUGGUCGUGGAUGGCCCAAUUGAGUGUCCACUAGAGGGAUUCCAGCUACUGAACUCGCCGCUGUUCAACAAAGGCUCUGCGUUCACAUUCGAAGAAAGAGAGGCAUUUGGUCUUGAGGGUCUUCUUCCUCCCAUGGUUAACACCCUGGACGAGCAGGUGGAAAGAGCAUACAAGCAGUUGUGCUACUUGAAGACUCCGCUUGCCAAGAACGAUUUCAUGACAUCGAUGCGUGUUCAGAACAAGGUGCUUUUUUUCGAGCUCGUCAGGCGUCACAUUCGUGAGUUGGUGCCAAUUAUCUACACUCCUACUGAAGGUGACGCUAUUGCUGCUUACUCUCAUCGUUUCCGUAAGCCAGAGGGUGUCUUCUUGGAUAUCACCGAGCCCAAUUCCAUUGAACGUCGUCUAGCCUCGUACGGUGGAGACAAGGACGUCGACUACGUUGUUGUCAGUGAUUCGGAAGGUAUUCUAGGUAUUGGUGACCAGGGUAUCGGUGGUAUUCGUAUCUGUAUCUCGAAGCUAGCUUUAAUGACUCUAUGUGGUGGUGUUCAUCCAGGUCGUGUGCUGCCUGUGUGCCUGGACGUAGGCACCAACAACAAAAAGUUGGCACGUGAUGAACUUUAUAUGGGCAACCGUUUCUCCAGAGUGAGAGGAAAACAAUACGAUGAGUUCGUUGACAACUUUAUCCAGGCAUUGAAAAAAAGAUUCCCAUCAGCUGUUCUUCAUUUUGAAGAUUUCGGUGUUACCACUGCUAGACCUUUACUUGACCGUUAUAGAAACGAGGUUGCGUGUUUCAACGAUGAUAUCCAAGGUACAGGUGCUGUUGUCAUGGCCUCCUUUUUGGCUGCUCUAAAACACACAAAGAGAGACCUGAACAGUUGUCGGGUCUUGGUUUAUGGUGCCGGUUCUGCCGGUCUUGGUAUUGCUGAUCAAAUCGUUAACCACAUGGUCACACAUGGAUUGUCAAAGGAGGAAGCCAGAUCAAAGAUCUUUUUGAUGGAUAGAAGGGGUUUAAUCAUGGACUCUAUGGAAUCUGUGUCUUCUCCAGCCCAAUACUUGUACGCUAAGCCAGAUGAAGAGUGGGACGGUGUGAACACCACCUCUCUUUUGGACGUUGUAUCGCGUGUCAAGCCAACAUGUUUGAUUGGUUGUUCUACACAAGCUGGUGCAUUCAACAAGGCAGUCGUCCAAGAAAUGCAUAAGCAUAACCCAAGACCUAUCAUCUUCCCAUUGUCCAACCCUACAAGACUUCACGAGGCUGUUCCCGAAGAUUUAAUGAGAUGGACUAACUUCGACGCUCUGGUCGCCACUGGAUCCCCAUUCCCACCUGUAGAAGGUUACCGUAUUUCCGAGAAUAACAACUGUUUUUCUUUCCCUGGUAUCGGUCUUGGUGCAGUGUUGUCUCGUGCUCGAGUUAUUUCUGACACGAUGAUAUCCGCAGCUGUUGAUCAAUUGGCUUCUCUCUCGCCUAUGACCGAAGGCGACUCCAAGCCCGGUUUACUGCCUCCACUUGAGGUUAUCACUGAUACUUCUGCUAAGGUUGCCACCGCCGUUAUUCUCCAAGCUCUCAAAGAAGGAAGUGCUCGUAUUGAGGAAGAGAAUAUUCCCGGUCAAAAAGAGAAGGUCCAAGUACCCCGCGAUUUCAACGAGUGUCUAAAAUGGGUUUCAAGUCAAAUGUGGAAGCCUGAAUACAGACCAAUGGUAAAGGUUCAACAUGAUCCUGAAGUUCACACUCAUCAAUUUUAA